UUGCAGGAUGACCAAAUCGUACAGCGAGAGCGGGCUGAUGGGGGAACCCCAGCCUCAAGGUCCCCCCAGUUGGACGGACGACUGCCUCAGCUCCCAGGACGAGGCGGACAAGAAAGAGGAGGACCUGGAAGCGAUGCACACCGAGGAGGACUCCCUGAGGAACGGCGAAGAGGAGGAGGAGGAAGAGGACGACCUGGAGGAGGACGACGAUGAGGAGGAAGACGAGGAGGAAGACGAGGACGAGCAGAAGCCCAAGCGGCGCGGCCCCAAGAAGAAGAAGAUGACCAAGGCGCGGCUGGAGAGGUUCAAGCUGAGGCGCAUGAAGGCCAACGCCCGGGAGCGCAACCGCAUGCACGGCCUCAACGCCGCCCUGGACAACCUGCGCAAGGUGGUGCCCUGCUACUCCAAGACGCAGAAGCUCUCCAAGAUCGAGACGCUGCGCCUGGCCAAGAACUACAUCUGGGCGCUCUCCGAGAUCCUGCGCUCGGGCAAGAGCCCGGACCUGGUCGCCUUCGUGCAAACCCUCUGCAAGGGCCUGUCGCAGCCCACCACCAACCUGGUGGCCGGCUGCCUGCAGCUCAACCCGCGGACUUUCCUGCCGGAGCAGAGCCCCGACGGGAUACCCCACCUGCCGCCGGCCGGCGCCCCCUUCCCCUACGCCGCCUACCAAUCGCCGGGGUUGCCCAGCCCUCCCUACGGCACCAUGGACAGCUCCCACCUCUUCCACCUCAAGGCGCCGCCGCCCCACGCCUUCGGGGCGGCGCUGGAGCCCUUCUUCGAGAGCGCCCUGGCCGAGUGCGCCGCCAGCCCGGCCUUCGACGGGCCCCUCAGCCCGCCGCUCAGCGUCAACGGGAACUUCUCCUUCAAGCACGAGCCGGCCGGCGACUUCGAGAAGGGCUACGCCUUCACCAUGCACUACCCGGCCGCCGCCGCCGGCCUGGGGGGCACCCCGGGCCACGGGGGGGCCCUCUUCUCCUGCCCGGCCUCCCGCUGCGAGAUCCCCGUGGACACCCUGCUGCCCUACGAGAGCCAUGCCCACCACGAGCGGGUCAUGAGCGCCCAGCUCAACGCCAUCUUUCACGACUGA